AUGCUUGCUAGUAAAAUACUGGGAAAGAAAUCGGGAGGGCAGAAAGAUUCAGGAGAAUACACGAAAAAGAGUAUGAAAGCUGUAAAUUCUGAACCAAUUCGGCACUUCGAGUCUCAUCCUCAGCAAUCAAAAGGGUUAUGGAAGGCAGGAUUGCGCAUCUGGGUCACCAACUCGGCACUUUGUGCCUCAUCCGGCAAUCAAAUGGACAUCUCCAAACCUUCAACCAACCACCACCUCGAAUGUGACGGGAAGCAACUUAAAAGGCCAGCAAAUGGACCACACCCUCGACCUCAAAUAUGGCAACCAAAAGGGUCAUAG